AUGACGAUCGGUCUCUCGGUGACGGGCCAUGUCGAGGCCGCGGCCAAGACCGUCCGCUUCUACGUCGAGAUGCGUGGCCACGGGCUUCACUUUGGCUUCAAUGGCCGCUUCUCCCAGCUCCGGGCGCUGCACCAGCGCCUCGCCUCGCUCCUCAAGCAGGUGGACCCGACGACGACGCUGCCGCCGUUCCCGCCCAAGCACAUCCUCGACAACAUGUCGUCGCCCGCCAACGUCGCCCGGCGUGAGGCCGAGCUCUUCGACUACUACACACGCCUCUGCACGAUCGACGAUGCGGUCGUCAUUCUCGCCCAGCAACCCAUCAAGGCCCCAACCGAGACCGACGGCGUCGAGUUUACGCCGGUGCAGAAAUCGUCGCGCCGUUAA